GGAGAGACCUGGAGAGAAAGAGGGAGGGGGAGAGAAAGGGGAGAGCUGUUUCCUCUCCCUGUGUUUCUGCUGUGCACAGCGGACUAUCUCCUCUUUCUCACAGUGUGCUGAGCCUAGAUGCGGCAGGUGUGUGUGUAAACCGAAGCUUUUCUCACUUUGACCACCUGACCGACAGAAUCUGGAUUCUAAUGCAUAUCGGCUGCGCACAGAGUCCAUUUCGGCUGUGAGGAUGUUGCAGUGAUAGUAGAGCAUCUUCUCCGCUGUAUCGCGCCCAGCCGGCAUCGUCAGCUGUUGCUCUAGGAAGAGAGUGGAAGAGUGGGGAGCAACAGAAAAGGCCAAACUAUGCGACUGAUUUACAAUCCGUAACCGUUUCCACCCUAAGUCGACCGGGGAGCGGAUGCGAGCAGAGGUUGCCAGCGAGCCUCUAAGUAUUUUCUGCUCUUUGUCGGUACCGGAGGAGCUGUGCCAAUGGAGAAAGCGACUCCACCGCCCCAGCCUGGGCUUCAGCUCUCGAUAGCGAAGACUGAAAGUCCAGCAGAGGACAUCUCCGGUCUGACUGACGAGGAACUGCUCAAGUGGACCAAGGAGGAUCUGGUGCGCCGACUCAGGCGGUCUGAGGCCGACAAGAUGAGCGUGAUUCUGGACCACGGGAAUCUCAUCCGGGAGGUCAAUCGUAGCCUCCAGCUGCACUUAAACGAAAUCAGGGGGCUGAAGGACAUUAACCAGAAGCUGCAGGAGGACAAUCGUGAGCUGCGGGACUUGUGCUGCUUCUUAGAUGAUGAUCGUCAAAAAGGAAAGCGUGUGUCCAGAGAGUGGCAACGUCUCGGACGUUACAGUGCCAGCAUAAUGCGUAAAGAGGUGACCCUCUACCUCCAGAAACUCAAGGAGCUAGAGCUUCGACAAGAAGAGGUAAUCCGGGAGAACCUGGAGCUGAAGGAGCUCUGUCUUCUACUGGAUGAAGAAAAGGGGGUAGUAGGUGGUGGAGGUGGCAUUGGAGGAAGUGGAGGUGGAGGCAGUGUGGGAAUGGGAGGGUGCCGUAACUCCAUAGACAGCCAGAAUAGCUUGCUGCUAGUGCCUGGCCAGGGGUUGCUAAUGAGAGACGUAGGGGAUGGAAGCAGCACUUCCAGUGCAGGGAGUGCUGACAGCUCUGAUCACCUUCACCAUAAACAGCCUCACCUGGCUGCAGGAGUGGGUGGGGUUGGCAGUGGUGGGGAAAAAGGAAGCCCUGAGCUUCUGCAUAAACCCAGGUGUAGCAGCAUCAGUGGAAUAGGAGGUGUAAUUGGAGGAGACAGGGAGGUGUCCAGUCCUGAUCACCCAGCUGGGCGCCAUCGGAGUACAAGCCUGGAGUACCCAUACACCCUCCCUCAGCUCUGCCGGCCCCGCUGCGGCUCUAUAUCUGUGCCUGACCAUAGUCGGGUCAUGCGGGGCCUUAGUCCCGAAAAAUAUGGAAGGAACGUGGGCCACCGAAGUCCGGAGCAGCACCCCAAGCACCACAGCUCUGACCUCGUCCUGGGCCAGAGGCAGCACUUCCUAGGUCAGGGAGGCACCGGGGAGCUCUAUCAGCGGCACAACAGGAGCAGCAUCAGUAGUACAGGAUGCGGAAGCCCAGAGCCCCGGCAGGCACAUUUGGGGACUGGAGAGCACCAUGAAAAGGGCUGUUUCAUCCAGGGGGGCAGCCCGGAAACUCACAGGCACCAGUACAGCAUGAGCCCUGACCAUGUGAAGUUUGGCAGCCCAGUGAGAGAAGGGCAGAGGAGGCCGGCUGGAGACGAGCUGUCACCACAUCAUCGGAGCAUCUAUAAUGGCAUGAAUGCUUUGAUAUCAGCCGGCUGCUGCACCAACAACUGUAGAAAUGUCAAGCUAUGGGACAGCUUUGACGCUUCCUCUUGACCCCAACUUGGCGACCCACGCCUCUCAAAGGGAGGACGGGUUGCAGUGAGACAGCCCUCCUGCAUCUCAGGCCUUGAGGGACACAAGCACCCCUGGAUGCCACCUUUCACAGCUCCGGAUGGUCUGUAGUCCACGGCCUCAUCCAUUUGCUACAGCCGUUAAACAGCCUGCCUCCAUGUUUUCAUUUCUACAUAUCGAGAGUUUGAGCAGACAGGGGUGGGAGUUUUUUCUUUUUUUCUUGAAUGAUAUCAGUUUAGUUGGUAAAAACUUGUGAUGACUGCUACACCUAAAUGGAAAUCUCUCCCGGCCAACCGAGACAUGGCUACCUCCUGGAGAGCACCCAGAGAGAAAGUGAGAGAGGCUGUGGAUUGGUGUGAGUAGAUGAAAAGGACUUUGCACUGUAUGUGCUGCUACUCUCUGUUUACAAAUGCAGAUCACUGGUGGAGAAGCACAUAAACCUUUCUAUAUCCUGCUGUUAAAAAACUUAUUUUCCUACACUCUCCCAUUUUUUUCUGCUCCUGCCUCCCCCCGCUGUCAUCGUUAGAAGUGAUCUUCAGUAUGUGUAAUGAGACUGGUGUAAUCUAAUGCUCUGUCUCUCAAUCUACAAAUCCAGAUGAUCACAUGAUUACCAUCGUCUCCUCUCUCAUUUAUACUAGAAAUUCAGAACUCUUUCAGCCAUUUCAACUGACGGUAAAAAUAAGACAAAAUUGUAUAUGUCAAAGAUGUUCUAGCAAAGAAAAAAAACACAUCCUCUUCCUGUGUCUUAAACCAAGAUGGUCAACAUUACUAGCUGCUGACAGAUGUUCUUAUUCUAUGAGAUGCAAUGUUCAGGUGUAAUUUUUCUUUUUGUAUUAUCUUCUUUGCUCCCUCAAAGCGCCUAUAUUUAAGCUGGGGAGAAGAUUAUACAUUUCUCCAUGUUGUUUUUUUUUACAAGUCCAAGUAAAAAGUAGAUUAUUGGAUUAGUUUUCUAUAUAUCUAUAUAUAUAAAUACUAUAUGACUAUUAUUUUUGACUUACUGGUAUUAGAACUAUUAUAUGAAAAUGCAUAUGAUACAGUAUAUCAAAUAAUAAAUAGACUUCUUUAUCUAAAAGUG